AUGAAGAUAAAAAAAGAGAAAAUUCGAUACAUUCUUCAGUACCACUACGACCAAAGGGAAAAAGCGGAGCAAGCGGCCAAAAAAAUUUGUGCUGUUUAUGAACCCAAUACAGUAUCGAAUGUAACAGCAAAGCGGCAGUGGUUCCAACGAUUCCGUUCUGGUAAUAUGAACGUCGAAGAUGAGACACACUCUGGUAGGCCAAUCGUCGGAAAUGUCGAUAAAAUCAUGGAAAUCGUCGAGUCGGACCGGCAUGCGAGCACUUAUUCCAUUGCCCAGGAACUGAAGAUUAGCCAGAAAACCGUUUGGAACCAUUUGCAUAAGGCUGGUCUCAAAAAGAAGCUCGAUGUAUGGGUGCCACAUGAAUUGACGCAAAAGAACCUUUUGGACCGAAUUCAUGCCUGCGAUUCUUUGCUGAAGCGUAAUGAAAUCGACCCUUUUUUGAAGCGGAUGGUGACUGGCGAUGAAAAAUGGGUCACAUACGAGAACAACGGGCAAAAGAGAUCGUGGUCCAAGCGCGGUGAGCCGGUCAGAAACGAUCGCCAAGCCUAG